GCCUGGGCGAGGACAAUCGAGCGGCAUCCUGUGGCAGGGGCCACCCGUCGGGGCUGGGGUCGUGGGCCCGGGGGGCUUCGGCGGCAGCCGAGUGAGAAAUGGCACCUCGUAAGGGGAAGGAAAAGAAGGAAGAACAGGUCAUCAGCCUUGGACCUCAAGUUGCUGAAGGAGAAAAUGUGUUUGGUGUCUGCCACAUAUUUGCAUCCUUCAAUGACACUUUUGUCCAUGUCACUGAUCUUUCUGGCAAGGAAACCAUCUGUCGCGUAACUGGUGGGAUGAAGGUGAAGGCUGACCGAGAUGAGUCUUCUCCCUACGCUGCCAUGUUGGCUGCCCAGGAUGUGGCCCAGAGGUGCAAGGAGCUGGGCAUCACUGCUCUCCACAUCAAACUCCGAGCCACAGGAGGAAAUAGAACCAAGACCCCUGGACCUGGGGCCCAGUCAGCCCUCAGAGCCCUUGCCCGCUCAGGAAUGAAGAUUGGGCGGAUUGAGGAUGUCACCCCCAUCCCCUCCGAUAGCACCCGCAGGAAGGGAGGUCGCCGUGGUCGCCGUCUGUGAACAGGAUUCUUCAAACUAUUUUCUGUUAAUAAAUUGCCUUUGUGUAAGCUAUUU